GUAGAAUCUCGGGUGUUUUGCUGAACUGUCAUGAAGGCUGUAAGGAGCUACCGCCACUGACUCUCCUCAAUACUCAUUUAUAGCACUUCUAUCUCGCUAUCACCUCCUCUGGUUGACAGCAAGUGAAACAAUGGAGUCCAUGCUCAAUAAACUGAAGAGCACUGUCACCAAGGUGGCAGGUGACAUGACCAGUGCCGUCAUGGGUAACCCCGUCACACGGGAGUUUGAGGUAGGCCGCCAUAUCGCUAGUGGGGGUCCCGGAAUGAGCUGGAGGAUCUACAACGGCACCAAAAAAUCCACUAAACAGGAAGUGGCUGUCUUUGUGUUUGAUAAGAAGCUCAUUGAUCGCUAUCAGAAGUUUGAGAAGGAUCAGAUCAUCGAUUCGCUUAAGAGAGGAGUCCAACAGCUGACCCGGUUACGACAUCCGCGCCUCCUCACCGUCCAGCAUCCACUAGAGGAGUCCAGAGACUGUCUAGCGUUUUGUACAGAGCCUGUGUUCGCUAGUCUAGCUAAUGUGCUCGGCCAGUGGGACAAUCUCCCCAGCCCCGUUCCCACAGACAUCAAAGAAUAUAAACUCUACGACGUGGAGACCAAAUAUGGCUUACUGCAGAUCUCAGAGGGUUUGUCCUUCCUCCACAGCGGAGUCAAGAUGGUUCACAGUAACUUAUGCUCAGAGAAUGUCAUCUUGAAUAAGAGCGGCGCCUGGAAGAUCAUGGGCUUUGACUUCAGUAUCUCAUCUAUUAACCCCUCUGACGCUGAGCCCAAGUAUGUGUGUAAAGAGUGGGACCCCAAUCUACCCCUUCUCUGCCUGCGUAACCCUGAGUAUGUCGCCCCUGAAUACAUCCUGUCAGUCAGCUGUGAUGCGGCCUCUGAUAUGUACUCACUGGGCGUGCUGAUCCAUGCCGUGUUUAAUGAAGGGAAACCGGUCUUUCAGGUCAACAAGCAGGACAUAUUCAAGAGCUUCAGCCGACAACUCGACCAGUUGAGUCAUUUGAGUCCAGGAGUGUUAAGUCAGAUCCCAGAGGAGGUGAGGGAACAUGUGAAGAUGUUGCUCAGUGUCACGUCCAACGUGCGUCCUGAUGCUGAUCAGAUGACAAAGAUUCCCUUCUUCGAUGAUGUCGGAGCGAUGACUCUUCAGUACUUCGACUCGCUUUUCCAGCGGGACAACCUGCAGAAGUCUCAGUUCUACAAAGGCCUCCCCAAAGUUUUGCCCAAACUGCCUAAGAGAGUGAUAAUAUACAGAAUCCUGCCGGCGCUCACAUCUGAGUUUGUUAAUCCUGAUAUGGUUCCGUUUGUUCUUCCAAACGUGCUGCUCAUCGCUGAAGAGUGCACAAAAGAGGAAUAUAUCCGCCUUGUGCUCCCAGACCUCACCCCAGUCUUCAAACAACAGGAGCCUGUACAGAUCCUGCUGAUAUUUUUACAAAAGAUGGACCUGCUACUGACCAAAACUCCUCCUGAAGACAUCAAGAACAGUGUGCUGCCUAUGGUGUACAGAGCAGUGGAGGCACCUUCGAUUCAAAUACAGGAGCUUUCUCUGAAUAUCAUUCCCACAUUUGCCAAUCUGAUCGAGUAUCCCUCUAUGAAGAAUGCACUCAUUCCCCGUAUCAAAUCUGCCUGUUUAAAGACGUCCUCACUAGCGGUGAGGGUGAACUCUCUGGUGUGCCUAGGCAAGAUUCUGGAAUAUCUGGAUAAAUGGUUCGUCAUUGAUGAAAUUCUACCAUUUCUACAACAGAUUCCAUCCAGAGAGCCGGCUGUGCUCAUGGGCAUUCUGGGUAUCUACAAGUGCACUUUCACCCAUAAGAAACUGGGCAUUCCUAAAGAGCACCUCGCUGCAAAGAGUUUACCUCAUCUGGUGUCACUUAGUAUUGAUAACAACCUUAACCUUAACCAGUUUAACUCUUUCAUGGCUGUGAUCAGGGACAUGUUGAGUCGCAUGGAAGCGGAGCACAAGACCAAACUAGAACAGCUGCACGUCAUGCAGGAACAACAGAGGAGUUUAAACAUCACAAACCAAUUGAACCAAUCAGAGGAGACCAAGAGCACACACAGUCCGGCCGCACAAGUCAGAGACAUUGAUGAUAUCUUUGGUGGAAGUGCGAGUGUGAAUGGUAAAGAGAACGGGUCCUCCUCUUCAACCAUUUCCCAACCCUCAAGAGUGUCUCUCACCCUGGAGGAAAAGCAGCGUUUGGCUAAAGAGCAGGAACAGGCUGCUAAACUGAGAAGCCAGCAGCCUUUGGCUCCUCAGAGCAUCAAACCAGCAACAACAACACCACAGGCAAAAGACCUGACCAGUAGUCUCCUGAACAACAUGACCUCUUUGAACAACCUUUCGCUAACUACUGGGCCCAGGACGAUGCCCAUGCAGGGGGGCACCAUCACCUCCACCUUUCCUUCUGGACCCUCCAUGGGUGGAAUGGGUACCAUAGGCUCCAUCAACAAUGGCUUCAACUCACCCAUGGGCCUCCAGGCAGGGGGUAUGGGGAUGGGCAUGAGACCUGCCAAUCCUGUCCUCUAUGGGGGCAUGGCAACCACUACCAGCACUCCAAAUUUCACCCAAAACCAGUCUAACAAGCCUUCUGAUAUGUCUGCCCUAGACUCCCUCUUCACCCCUAACAAACCCAAAGUAAGCCUGAACCAAAUGGCCCCCAAACCAGCCCCAGGAACCACUGCACCUUCCCCAUGGCUUAGCCAGUUUGGUACAGGCCAACCUUCCCAGACUGUAUCAAUGCAGGCAGCUCCGAUGGGAAUGGCGGGGGUCCAGGGUGGGUUUGGGAUGCAGGCAAACCCUUUCUUCAACCCGCAGAACUUCUCGCAACCUGUUGCCAUUCAAUCAGUGAACACUGGAGUGAUGAAACAAAGUGCAUCAGUCAACAAUGACCUUAAAGACCUUUUCGGUUAAAACUUUUUGCCCUUGAUUUGGUUUCUACUCAAGUGGGAAAUGUAAGCGAAACAUCAGCGAUGACAGUCACAAUUUGGUGGGAAGGGGGGAUGUGGUGUCCCUUUUUGAAAGACAGUGUUUAAAAUUGUAUUUCUGGCUUGUUUGGUCUUUUUAGCUCUUAUCAUGGUGCACCUUUUGCAAACAGUACUCAUCUCUUGGUAUAAAUCAAAAGGACCGAACAAACCAUCACGUUCCUAAGAGAAGCUUGGGCUCUACCAUUUAGGGGCUUCUGUCGGUGGAUCAUCAUGCCUUUUGGCUUAACACAGGCACCACAAGUUCCACAAGCAUGCUGAGGAGUAUAAAAAUAGAUGUUUAGUAACAAAAGAGGUAGCCUCAAGAACAUUUGGUUUCCUUUUCCUCACAUUCACCCCUUGCCUGAAUGAGCUGACUUCCACUUUCAAAACAAAUGGCAACAUCAACACGAUUUGCUGAUUUGUUUCCUGAUAAAGGAAGUCUCUCAAUUGGUCUUUUAACUCUGAGCUAAAAUGACCAACUUGUAAGCAAUGAAGAAAUGGAUGCUGGUGCUAUCCACAGUCAUGGCCUAAAAUAAAUGGAUUUAUAAAUUGUUUACUGAUAUGCAUAUAAUGUUACUAUUGGUUAUUGUUUGAGGUCCAUACUGAUAUACUUGGUGCACUGAAGUCAGGGCUGAACUGGUAAUCUGGCAUACUCGGCAUUUUCCUGGUGGCCGACGCGCUUUGGGGCCAAUCGUGGCGGAAUGGCCAUUGGGAGAACUGAGCGGGCCUAAAAUGAGCUGUCACGUUAUGUAGAACGGAACACAAAAUGGUGCCACGAUAUGCAUAAAAGGACAUUUCUUUUCCCAGUCCAGCCCUGACUGAAUUGAAAGCUUCUUGGGCGAAUCUCACAAAAAAAUUUGUAGGUAAUAUUUUAUAUUAUUAUUAUUAUUAUUAUUAUAAUUUAUAUGUUUUUUUAAGAAAUGUAAAAAUAUUUUGCAUUAAAAAACAAAGCUUAUUUUUAGCACCAUUAAGAAUUUCUUGCACAAUUUUCAUGAUAGUAAAGCACAUUUUAUCCCCAUAUGCUCAUUACCGUAAUGUUCAUUGUCAUUACAAUUAAUUCUCAUUACAAUAAUAUAAUUGUUUUUAAAUAAAUAAUUACUAUGUGCCAAAUUCUUAUUCUCAAUACUAUAAUGCAAAUAUAAUAUCAUAUAAAGAGUAAUAUAAAACAAAAUCUUAUUUUUAUUAAGGCAACAAAUCCCAUUGCCAUUACAGUUUUGGAAAAAAAUUAAUUCUCUACCAAAUUUGAAAACAAAUGUAAUCUCAUUGUAAUAAUGUGAAGAAAAAAAAAAGUCUGUAUUCUAAUUACUGAAGUGCAUUAUCUCCCAUUACCAUAAUGGGAAAAAAUAUAAUACUCCUUACAAUAAUGUGAAAAAUAAGUUAUUUUCAUUGCUGUAUGAAAACCAGCCUGCCUAGACUUAUUAAAAUUAAAAUGAUCAUAAAUGUACAUGCGAUACUAGUAUGUUGUAUAAAUACUUUACAGUUUAAAUAAAAUGUGCUUAAUUGUCAUUAAAAUGUAACAAUGUAAAACAAAUCUCCAAUAAUAAGCUUUAUUUUACUUAGGAAAAAAUUAUUUUGGUUUUGGGGUGAAAUAUGACAUGGUAAUGUUCUUGACAGUUUUUAUGAGAUUCGCCCCCUUUAUGAAAGGACGUUGUCUUCAUGCUGUAGGUGCACUAAAUGUAGUCGAGCUGAAAACUGAAGGGAUUCUGAUAUUUUUGGGGAUUAUGUCAUUACUUUAAUGGUUUCUGUAGAACAUAAUUCAUGUGUUUGUCUGUCUUUCAGUUUCUGUCAUUACAUUCUGCCCUGUGUUUGUGAUAUAUCCUAUAAUUUUGUGUUGGUUGGAAGUUACUGAUCAUACAAUGGCAUCACAUUUGUUCCACAGUUUUUUGUUUUUGGCUGUUAUCAUUAUCACUGCUUGAUAUGGGCAGUAUGGAACAUAUUAUUCCAUAUCAUGACCAAACUUUUAGCUGCAAUAUGGCAAGUCACCAAAAUGUGUAUUAUUUCUACAAACCACAUGAAUGAAGUGUAUUGUACAUGGGAGGUUUUUAAGUACUGUUUCAAGCAAAACACAUUCUUGAAGGGUAACUUUAAAAUCCAGACUGGUUUUAUUCAAAGAGAAUGUGUUUCCUGGUCUUAUAAAUGAGAGGCCUUAUGCUGAGAGUUGUGCAGUUACAGGUCUGUGAUGGGGGUUGUGAAAAUGACACUGUAUGAGUUUCACUUCAUGCAGUUUUCAAAUAGUCUAAAUUAAUGUAGAUAAAAUAUCUGUGUUUGUUUUAAUGUAAAAAAUGUGAGCUGGAUUGUUGUUAAGAUGGUGAUUUUUCAAAUCAAAUAAAUUGUUUAUUUAAAGGUUAA